AUGGGAGAGCAGCAGGCAGGAGGGCAGCCGGGGGUGCCCGGAGCACCCCAGGGAGAGCAGCAGGCAGGAGGGCAGCCGGGGGUGCCCGAAGCACCCCAGGGAGAGCAGCAGGCAGGAGGGCAGCCGGGGGCGACCAAGACACCCCAGGGAGGGCAGCAGGCUGGGGGACAGCAAGAGCUGGCCAGAGGGCAACAGGCGUUGGCGGCAGAGAUGGAGGUGGAGCAGGGGCCCGGGCGGCACAGGCCAAGCCAAAGGGUCGCGGGCACGGCGCCGAAGGGGGCGACGACAGGGAGGGUAGCGGGAUGGGGGCCAGCCGGGGGUGACCCGGGCACCCCAGGGAGAGCAGCAACCAGAGGGGCAGCCGGGGGUGACCGGGGCACCCCAGAGAGCGAAGCAGCCAGGGGGGCAGCCGGGGGUGACUGGAGCACUCCAGGGAGCGCAGCAGCCAGGAGGGCAGCCGGGGGUGACCGGGGCACCCCAGGGAGAGCAGCAGGCAGGGGGGUAGCUAAAACGGCAGGAGCACCCCAGGGAGGGCAGCAGGCAGGGGGGCAGCUGGGGGCGGCAGGAGCACCCCAGACAGAGCAGCAGCCAGGGGUGACCCGAGCGCCCCAGGGAGAGCAGCAGCCAGGGGGCCAGCCGAGGGUGACCGGAGCACCCCAGGGAGAGCAGCAGCUAGGGGGCCAGCCGGGGGUGACCGGGACACCCCAGGGAGCGCAGCAGUCAGGGGGGCAGCCGGGGGUGACCCGAGCACCUCGGGGAGCGCAGCAGCCAGGGGGGCAGCCGGAGGUGACCCGAACACCCCAGGGAGAGCAGCAGCCAGGGGGGCCGCCGGGGGCGGCCGGAGCACCCCAGAGAGAGCAGCAGGCAGGGGGGCAGCCGGGGUUGACCGGAUCACCCCAGGGAGAGCAGCAGCCAGGGGGGCAGCCGAGGGUAACCGGAGCACCCCAGGGAGCGGAGCAGCCAGGGGGGCAGCCGAGGGUGACCGGGGCACCCCAGGGAGCGCAGCAGUCAGGGGGGCAGCCGGGGGUGACCCGAGCACCGCAGGGACAGCAGCAGGCAUGGGGGCAGCCGGCGGCGACCGGAGCAUCCCAGAGAGAGCAGCAGCAAGGGGGGCAGUCGGGGGUGAUCGGAGCACCUCAGGAAGAGCAGCAGCCAGGAGGGCAGCCGGGGGUGACCGGACCACCCCAGGGAACGCAGCGGCCAGGUGGGCAGCCAGGUGUGAGUGGUGGACCCCAGGAAGAGCAGCGGCCAGGGGGGGAGCUGAUGGACGACCUGGAGCAGCAGUUGGUGGAGUGGAGCCGACUUUUGGAGUUAGAUACUCCCAUGGCGAUUGCGGAGGAGCCAGGGGCAGACGGAGAGCAUCCCAGACCACCUUCCCCAUGGCCCCGUUUUCUGUGUGACACGUGUUUUCAUACGUUCGCUACGCGAGGGGCUGCUGCGAACCACAUGAGGGUAUGCAGGGCGGCUGAGGCGAAGAGGCGCGCGCAGGCACUUGGCUCGAUCCCGUCCCUGGUGGAGACCGAUACGCAGGAGAGACCGACGCCACGGGACUUUGGGGACGAGGCGUGGGCCAGGGUUACGUCAUGGGAGUGGGAAGCAUUUUUCAGUGUGGAGGCGGUUGGAGGGAGGACAGUGCGCCGGAUCCCACAGCGGGCCCGGCAUUGGUCAGAAGGCGCUGAUAAUAGAGCGGUUGGGGGCGUUCUAGGAGGGGAGGUGGCGGAAGCUGUUCGUGCCAUGGCAGCGGCGCGGCCAGCAGUUCGCCCACUCGCCUACGCUUGCUCUGACCAGGACCCGGAUGCCAUCCGCCUGUCACGGUGCCGAGCUCGAUGUAAAGUGGGAGAGUGGAGUCGUGGAUUGGCUUGCCUUACAGCAGGAGAGUUGGCUCGACCGUCUGAGGCCAUGGUGCAGUCGCUGCAAGAGAAGCACCCUGCUAGCUCUGGCGAGGUACCACAGUGGGUCCGUGAUUUCACCGUCGAUGCUCCUCAGUGGCCUCCACUGACGACCGACGUCCUGGCCAGAGCCAUUCAUACAGCCGCUCACGCUUCAGCAGCAGGGCCAUCGGGGUGGGUCACAGAGCAUCUGCGCGACACCUUCCACACUCAACCUUCCUGCCUUCCCCACCUGUUGGAGGUGUUGAACCAAUGGGUGGCAGGACAGGUCCCCGAGCGGGCUCGGCCCUGGCUCGCCGCAUCCAACCUAGUUGGGCUUUCCAAGCCUAACAGCGACGUUCGGCCGGUGGCGAUUGGGGAGGUGCUUCCGCGUAUCCUUGCUCGAGCUCUUUGCAUCUCGCUCCGCCCUGCGAUGGCUUCCUACUUUCUGCCGUGCAACCAGCUGGGAGCGGGCACCAGGGUCGGGGUGGAGAUUCUUACUCAUUCUUUCCAGUCAGCGCUGACCACUUACCCCGAUUGCUGUGCGCUGCAGAUAGACGUCGCGAACGCCUUCAAUUCGUUUCACCGUCAUGCGAUGUUUGAGGGGCUGCGGGAGUUGCCUUUCUGGGGGUUGACCCCAUUCUUGCGUGGGGACCCGCUCGGCCCUUUUCUUUUUGCGUUCACGCAGCAGCAGAUGAUGGAGUCGGUGAUUAGAGAGUUCAGGGACAUACUUUUCCUCAGUUAUGCGGACGAUACCUAUAUCCUGGGACCAGCGGCUAGGAUCUUAGAGGCUUUUGGGGUGCUGCGGGAGCGGUUGGAGUGGGUGGGGCUGGAGGUGCAGGCACACAAGUGCCGGUUUUGGGAGCGGGAAGGCAGGGAUGUGGAGCGGGCACUGCCAUUGGGGAUGCAGCGGGUGGAGGAGGGUCUCACUCUGGUGGGCGUACCUAUUGGGGAGGAGGAUUGGGAGUUGGGGGUGGCGGAGGAGGAGGCGAUGUUUGCAGAGUACCUCACCACCUCGGGAGGGGCGGAGUUUCUUGAUCCUUGGUUUGCCAAGGCUAUUGAGCAGCUGCCAGCGACUAUACACCAGGAGAUGCUGGGCUUACCUCUAUGUGCAGCGGCUCCUCCUCUUCGACUUUUCCAGGUGCGGCAGCGGCAGUUGGCUGUAGAGGAGCUCCAGGCACUGCACCGCUCGGCUCAUGACGAUGCCACCCUGGCCUGUUUCACACCCCUUCAGGGCCCGGGGGCUGGUGCAUGGAUUUCGGCGGUCUCGGCUCACUCAGAUCUCACAUUCACUGCGGCAGAGUGGGGCAUUGCUACUGCUAUAAGGCUCGGGCUCCCAAUUCAGCAGCUGCAGGUUGCGAGAAGGUGUGUUUGUGGCACAACGUAUGUCGGCCCAGCAGACCCGCAUCAUGCCUUGAGAUGCAAGCACCAGCACGGUCCAUCUCGGGUGCAUGAUGAGGUGAAAAUUGCAUUGGCGAGGAUCUCUAAGGCGUCAGGGGGGGUGGUGACGAUGGAGGAUAGUGUGGUGCUGCCGGGGAAGUGGGUUGACGUAGCGCGUUACAACGGGCGCAAGCUCGUGUCAUCCUGCUUCGGGCGGCGCCUUCUAUGGGGGGGGGUGAAUGUGGACUUGGUGGACCGGGAGAAGGACGACGUCAAGGAGGAGGGCGGGGCUCUUUGGGUGGAGGCCCCGUAUAUGUGGGACCAAUACGACAAAGUGUACGAGAUUGAGUGGGACUUCUCAAACCUUGAUGAGGCGUUUGAUGAGGGCGGCCCGCUGCACGACAAGCGCGUCUACCUCUUUGGAUGCACAGAGCCGCAGCUGGUGCACUGGAAGGGCAAGGACAAGGUCGUGCACGUGCCAGCUGUCGUCGCGGUGCUGCCGCCGUUCGCCCUGUUGGGCAAGCUGGGCAUCAGGGUCAGUGUUGUCACCAUUCGCCCCGUCCGACAAGCUGGGCAUCAAGUCGGUGCAGAUGGAGACAGAGAUGAUCGUGCCAAGUGCUUAUCAACUGCCUCCCACCUCUUUUCACCGCUCUCCACCGCUCUCCACCAGGUGUUGUCACCAUUCGCCCCGUCAGACAAGCUGGGCAUCAAGUCAGUGCAGAUGGAGACCGAGAUGAUCGUGCCGAUGCGCGAGAUGAAGAUGGACUGGAUCCCCUUCAUACCCGAUACCACUGGGUGCGUGUGA